GCUUUACAACCUAUGGAUGUACUGGACGACUUUCAGUUGGUUGGAGCUUCGGGCGCGGACGGGUGCAGUGGCUCACCUCCUCUCGCUGUCUCCGCUCUCUUGACUUUGUGGCAGGCAUUUUUCGUGUCUUUGAAUAUUUUAACGAGGCGAAUGUGAGCAAGACGAGACACUUUUGCGUCUGGAUGGGACGAUUUCUGACGGAAGACAACCUAAAGGCUAAUCGGUGUGGAUCUCAGUCAGGGGACGUCUUUUAAAAUUCGGAGCGACAGGCACGACUUGACACUGGGGAAGGACUGUGGUCAGUCUGAAGUAAAGGGUUACUUAACUCAGACACUCUCCUUCCAUUGACUCACAAUUAUACAUAUACAUUACACAUAGUGGAAAGUCACACAAACAGACAGAUCCACAUGACACUUACUCACUCACAUUUACACACAUAGACUGUUGGCUACACACACAUAAACACACAGAAAGACUCAACCCGUGCCCAAACACAGACGCACAUUCACAGAUAGGCCCUCUGAGCAGGAUGAGGGGACCCUGGAGGUGCUUGCUUGGCCUGUGCCUCCUGGCAUGCUCAGUCUCCACCCACAGUGCCACCAAUCCCUUCGCAGGGCAGCAGACCCCUCCAGACCCUUGCUAUGACGACACAGGUGCAGCCCGCCGCUGUAUCCCUGAGUUUAUAAACGCUGCCUUCGGUAAAGAGGUGAUGGUGUCCAGCGUCUGUGGCCGUCCUCCAUCCCGUUCCUGUAGUGUGUUGGAGCGGGGCGAUGAUCGACCUUCUGUGCGCUUGUGUCAAAUCUGUGAUGCAGCUGACCCUCGCCGUGCCCACCCUGCUUCCUACCUCACCGACCUCAACUCAGCCCACAACCUCACCUGCUGGCAGUCGGAGAAUCUUAACACCUCUCCAUACAAUGUGACUCUAACCCUCUCAUUGGGUAAAAAGUUUGAGAUCACCUAUGUCAGCCUGCAGUUCUGUUCACCACGACCUGAGUCCCUGGCCAUAUACAAGAGCAUGGACUAUGGCAAAACCUGGAUGCCCUACCAGUUCUACUCCUCACAGUGCCGGCGUAUGUACAAUCGGCCCAACAAAGCCAGCAUUACCAAGCAGAACGAGCAGGAGGCUCUAUGCACAGAUGGCCACACUGACCUCUACCCGCUUUCUGGAGGACUCAUUGCUUUCAGCACUCUGGAUGGACGGCCCUCUGCUAAAGACUUUGACAACAGCCCAGUCCUUCAGGACUGGGUGACUGUCACUGAUAUCCGUGUGGUCUUCAACCGGCCCCAGCUACCCCGGGAGUUGGGAAUAGGGACCGGAGGCAACAGUGGAGGGAGGGACGAUGACCCCGUGGCAGUGACAUCAACAAUGCCAACUUAUUUCUAUGCAGUGGGAGACUUCCAGGUGGGCGGGAGGUGUAAAUGUAAUGGACAUGCUUCACGCUGUCUGAAAGACAAGGAAAGCAAACUGGUGUGUGACUGCAAACACAACACAGAGGGACCUGAAUGUGACCGCUGCAAGCCCUUUCACUAUGACCGACCAUGGCAGAGGGCCAAUGCCCGCGAGGCCAACGAGUGUCUGCCGUGUAACUGUAACCUUCACGCCCGUCGCUGUCGAUUCAACAUGGAGUUGUACAAGCUGUCAGGGAGGAAGAGCGGUGGGGUCUGCAUGAACUGCCGCCACAACACUGCAGGACGCCACUGCCACUACUGUAAGGAGGGCUUUUACAGAGACAUGGCCAGACCAAUCACUCACCGACGAGCCUGCAAAGCCUGUGACUGCCACCCUGUGGGCGCAGCAGGCAAGACGUGCAACCAGACCACAGGCCAGUGCCCCUGCAAGGAUGGUGUCACCGGCAUCACCUGCAACCGCUGCGCCAAGGGCUACCAGCAGAGCCGCUCACCCGUGGCCCCAUGCAUCAAAAUCCCAGUGGUCAACCCCACAGCUGUGGUGAGCAGCACAGAGGAACCAGCAGAUUGUGAGUCCUAUUGUAAACCAGUGAAGGGCAACCUGAAGAUCAACAUGAAGAAAUAUUGCAAGAAAGAUUAUGCGGUCCAAGUGAACGUACUGGACAUGGAGACGGUGGGGGACUGGGCCAAGUUCUCAGUUAGUGUGGUGUCCGUGUACAAGAGCCGCGGUGAGCCUUUGAAGCGAGGCGACAACAUCCUGUGGGUACACAUGAAGGACCUAGCCUGCAAAUGUCCCAAGAUCCAGAUGAGCAAACGAUUCUUGGUGAUGGGCGGCAGUGAUGGUGGAAUGGGCCCAGGGGCAGGUCCAGGGGUCGGGCCUGGGGGUGGAGCCACCAGUCCAGGGGCAGAGCGUGUGGGCCUGAUGGCUGAUAAGAACAGCCUGGUGAUCCAGUGGAGGGACGUUUGGACGAGACGUCUAAGGAAGUUCCAGCGCAAAGAGAAGAAGGGGAAGUGCAGCAAAGCGUGAUGGAAAAGCAGCAUCCAUCCCUACCUCUCCCCCCAUCACCCACCUUCAUGAACCCUGACCCAGUGAUCUCCCUCCCCUUGCCCUGAAUACUCCCCCAUCACAGGGACACUGCACAUUACAAAGACUGCAUGUACCCUCCCUGUUUUAAGGACCACAUUUUGUGUAUAUUGUAUAAUUAUUUUCCUUUUUUUUUCGAGUUUUGUCUUUGUUAUGUCACUUGUCUUUUUGUCCAUUGGUUUGCCUUAAAAAGGGACCAUUAAAAAGGGUAUGAAGUGUAGACAAAAGCAGAUGCCAUUCCCUCCUUCCACGACGACAGCGGAAAUGUCCACUUGUCCCCGAACUACGAUCCCCUGACUCCAAGUCUCCUCCUCCUAUCAAGACUGACUGUCUCCUGCCACUUUGUUUCAGUACUCACAUAUAAGACUACCAGUGCUCACACUUCACACACUUCUCUCAGAGACUGACUAAUAUCAGCAACAAGACAAGCUGCACACCCUCAGCUUGGCUGCCUCAUGUUUCAUUGUUGAAACAAACUCAACUUGGAUCAACACAAGCUGGUGCACCUGACAACCUUUCAACAUUAGCUGUUAUAAUGUUCAUAAAAAAUGGGCCUGCUCCAGGUCCUUGCAGUAACUUCUAUGGACAGUAACUAAAAAAAAACUCUUGUCCCGUGAAGAACCAAGGGCUCCCUUUGCAGGGACAUCUUCCACAGUAAACCUCAGUCUCACCAUCAUUGCUGCUGCCACCAGACAGCCCUCACAGAAUAACGGCUCAUGUAGGUUCUUAUAUCAAGUAUUUGAUGCCACUGCUCAUAGUAGAGUUUAUAUUCUUCAUGUGGCUAUUUGUUAUCUCAUCCAUCCAUAUCCCAGCCAUAUUCCUAUUUGAAUUAUAUCCUAUUGUUUUAUUUUAUGCACAACAAAGCCUGUUGGCAUGUGUGAGUCAAAUUCCAGGCCUCUAGAACUGUGCGUCUAGUCCCUCUCAUGAGUGGUUUGUAAAGUCAUGCAUCACCAUCAUGACUCAUUAAUUGUCACUUUUUCUGGAUGAAAGAUUAAGCAGUGUGGACAAAUGGCUGGAAUUUCAGCAAAAUACCAAUAUUUCCAAGGAGACUUUUUGCUUUAUGGGUAAUGUCUUCUGUUGGGUAGUGGCCUUCCAGAUGUGUCUGUGUGGCCACUGUCAUUUCUUUGUCUUUAAAUGUCUGAACAUUUUUUCUGAUGUGUCUAGUGACUGGCAGGCUUGUGUUUGCCAAAAUAAGAGAUUGAAAUGAGAGUUCCUUUUCAUGCAGUAAAAAGAAAACAAAGUCAGAUAAACAACAUAGUCGUGUUUUCCUCUAGAAUAUUUUGACAAAAUGAAUGAGGCUGGAAAGUUUUUAGUGCUCACUGAUUGUAUUAUGACAUGAGAGGAUCAUAUUUCAUUUCUCAUGUGCUUUGUUAUGUUUGCAUGUUUGUGGUUUUUGCUGGUCCAUCAAAACUUUAUACUUAGCAGAGCAAGAACUAAACCAAUAUGAGCAUCAACAUCCAAAGGAAAACUUCCCAAGUCAUCUUCCUCAGCGUGCUUACCCGAAUGCAGUCCCUGUCAUUCUUUGCCAAAUAAGCACAGUCAGUUUUUAAAUUCAAUUAAGAGACUUUGAAAUUCGGGACCAACAAAAACCACAAAGAGACCCGGUUGCUCUCAAGCUUUUUAUCUGCCUGUAAAGCACAUUACAAUUUAUUUAAAUAGCAUACAAGAUAAACACACAGUUUUGAGGGGCACAUCAAGCUAGUGUAGGAGCGAGUGUGCCGGCAGGCAUGUCAUGCUAGCUAGUGGUUACGCUCCUUUGGCUGCGGCGGUACGUUUGGCUUGUCAUUCGUCCAAAAGUGUCUCUCCCCUGCUCUCUUCUCUGUGACAGCCACCAACCUCCCCAAACUCCCCUUUUAACCCAUUUUGCAUGUUUUGUAUUCAAUGUCUUAGAUAAGUGACAGCUCAAAACGAGGCUGCCAAAACUCCUCAGUGGUGUACUGUACUGCACUGUAGUUCUUGUUUUCACGUCUUAAGAGAAUGUAUGUCAAACUGUGAAGAACACACUCACACAAGUGUAUGGUCUGAUUGUAAGUGUUUAUAAAAUAAUGUCACCAAGCCUAAGAAUGUGGACACCAUGACAGUUGAUGCUAUUAUAAACUAUGAAAAGGAUUAGAGUUUGUUCAAAUGAUCGUGGAACUUCAUCCUUAUCUGUCUCGCUUAUGAUGACAUUUUAAUAAUCCAAUCCAAAAACAACCCAUAACCAAAAUGACUUACCACACACCAUGAUUUCUGGUGUGUGACAAAAAAGCAAAGAAGGACAAAACAAGUUUUGACAGCUCUAUGCCCAGGGCACAAUUCCCACAGAUGGAAUUUCACAAAAAUGCAGAACCAAACAGUCAAUUAUUUGUGUGCUGGUUGUCCGCCGUGGCCAGUCAGACAGGUGGUGUCAGUAGCACCAGUCUCCUCGCCCUGGUAUGUGAGUACGGCAUGACACAUUAUGAUGAAUGGUCAAAUUACGUGUCCGUGAGGCCUCUCUAGCGCCCAACAAACUCAUGGAAGAACUAUAGUGUCCUUGAAUCUGGACUUCCGGUCUUCCUUGGCUUUCUGUUUUCCUUCUCUUAAGUGCCCACCCUGAAUAUUGAAAUAAAGAUAACAAGUAAGAGUGAGCCAGAUGUUUUUUUGGGGGUCGAAGCCUAGUCUUGUGAGAGCUAUUUAGUGAGCCUCAUAGGGAGAGCUGUCCUGUUGUUUUACGUUAACAAGCCCAAGUUUGGCAGUGGAACUGAGGCCAUAACUGCUUUGCUUUGCACCCCCCACCCCCGCGCAGCAUUUAUAGCAUUCACAGGUGUGGGUGUGAGUGUGUGUCUAAUUAACCUACCCAAGUAAACAAGUGAUAUGCACAUGAACUGAAAGUGCAGUCAUCUGAAGGGUAGAGUUUUUGGGGGAUAGCCAAUGAUAAGGAAUUAUAGUUUUCCUGGUCUGAUUUCCAUUUUUUUCUGUUUCACUUUCAUCUACACCUUUGCCUUGUUUAAUAAGUCUUGACACAUUUUUAAUUUUGUAAAUAUGUACUGAACUGCCUCUGCCAUUUAUGUUGUCUUUUUGUAAAGCGUAAUUUGGCCUGGGAUGGCUCUCGUGUAUGGAUGUACAAACCAUAUGAUGUUAUAUGGAUGUAGAAACCAGAAACAUAUGCUUUUGUGAUCACGACCAGAAGAUGUGGUUCAGAUAUUACACAGAAUGUAUUCCUUUUGGUUUCAUGUUGUUUCCAGACAACAGCCGCAAAAUUGUAAAUGACUUAAGGAGAAUUGAGUAAAAAAAUGUGGCACGGGCUGAUCGGACCCUCUGCUUUUCCCAUAGAGGUACAGAAAGGAAUUGACACAACAACCCACCACUUUCUGUUACAUUAACGCCCUGGGAAUAAUGGUUCUCUCACACAAAAACUGUCCAACUACCUUUUUUUGGGAACAACGGGAUUCGUCCCUUAGUUCAGCCCUGCUCUUCAUUUCUGUUAUAUCAGAGUUUUCCUUGUACAUUUUCCUCUGAGGCAAUGAACCACUGACUUUUUAAUCUAAAUGAUAAAAAAUA